AUGACUUUAGGGACGGAUAUGUCCGACAGCUCUGCAUUGUCCGAGGAUGUGGACAUCGACGUGGUUGGGGGUGAUAUUUCCGUUGGGAAGGACGGAAAGUAUAUCCACCACGAGUUUAACUUGGACAAUGACUCGGACGAUAAUUACUCCCAGAACACAGCCGAGAGGGUUUCCUCCCCGGGGCUCAGCAGCUCUGACUGCCCGUCAGACCAGAUGAGUUCCAGCGCAGAGGUAGGCUCCGUGAUGGGAGACAAACCGAGAAAAAGCGCACUGGUGAAGCCUCCUUACUCUUAUAUCGCCCUGAUCACCAUGGCCAUCCUGCAGAGCCCGAAGAAGCGCCUGACUCUGAGCGAGAUCUGCGAGUUCAUCAGCAACAGAUUCCCUUACUACCGGGAGAAAUUCCCCGCGUGGCAGAACUCCAUUCGCCACAACCUUUCCCUGAACGACUGUUUUGUAAAAAUCCCACGAGAGCCCGGCAAUCCCGGAAAAGGCAACUACUGGACCCUUGACCCGGACUCCGCAGACAUGUUUGACAACGGGAGCUUCUUGCGGAGGAGGAAACGCUUCAAGAGGCACCAAGCGAAUGAAAUCCUCCGGGACUCCGGUGGCUUCUUGCCCGGGUUUGGAUAUGGCCCGUACGGAUACAACUAUGGACUCCAGCUGCAGAACUUUCACGCAGCCCACAACCCUUAUCACCCACACCACACAGGUGGUUCAUUCCCGUUCCCCAACGCCCCCUGCACCUUGCCCUCAUCUGCCUCCAUAUUCCCUGCGCCACAUCCCUUACCAGCCCUUUUAGGAGCCGAUUUAAGGAAGCCCUUUUACCCACAACUUAGCCCGUCUUUGCCCCCACUAAAAGCAGACUCCAGCACCCCGAGUCGGCCUUCUUUCUCCAUAGACAAUAUCAUCGGCGCAGCAAACUCCAGCGCCUCUUCCUACAGCGCGCAGUCGAGCAGUCAGGCGCAGAUCCUGGCCAUGUUGACUCCGGCUCUGGCCUCUGCUUCCAACCAUUUGAACCUUUCACAGGAGAGCAUUUUACCUGCGCAGAGUCAGACUUUUACCAGCAAAACCCCCAAUCUGAACACUUGUCCUUUCUAG